AUGGCUAGCCAAACAAACCAAACACCAGAGAGCGAUAACGCCACAGCUCAGCCUACACUGACUAAUCGCUCCGAGUCAAAGCGCGUUGGUUCGCCCUUCAUUUUACGACCCAAAGGGCGUAGAACUUUUACACGUGGGGAUGGGCAUCAUCAGCUGCCACCCAAUAAUCAACAACGUACUGUUUCUCCCAGCUUGCCACCAUGUCGAGGACGUGGUAGCAUUAAUACUCCGAGUCAAUUCCCUAAACAAUUUCCUAGUAAAAGUGCAUUAUCUCAAGACGACUCACAGGUGAAUGAGUGCUAUACGGAAGAAAAACAAAAUUUAAGAAAACACAAUAUGCGUCAUCGCUCAAAUUCUAGACCAAAAGUUUUACCUCGUACUCAAUCUGCCAAUAGUUUGACCGUGCCACUGCUAUCCAAGGAAGAUAUCGUGGAAAAAUUUAAGUCCUUACAACAGAAGGAUGUUUUUGAAGUUAUGCAUCAGCAUCAAUUACUCAAAUUUGAGCAAAAAUCGCCGUUAUUGAGUCUCGAAGAAGACAAUGGCAUGCCAGCUAUAAAACAAGGUUACAUUCAACAAUUGGAGGAUCAGUUGGAAACAUUUGAAAAUACUGUCUUCACUCUUUCUCUUGACAACUCGAUGACGUCUGAGACAAUGAGUCAACUGUUGAACAGGUUGGAGCGAGAAAUAAAACGGCUCUCAAAUCGUUUGCCUAUCUAUGCACAACGCGACGUGUUAAUUGAUGCAAUAAUGUCUAAUCAAGUAGUAAUUCUCAAAGGGAAUACUGGUUCAGGCAAGAGUACUCAAUUGGUUCAAUAUUUGGUCGAUGCCGGGUUGGCCGAUCGAGGACAAAUCAUUUGUACUCAACCUCGACGUUUGGCUGCACGACUAUUAGCUUCUCUCGUAGCGGAAGAAUUCGGAUGUCAACUGGGUAAAGAGGUACGCUGCGACAUUUUUGGUACAUGCUGCCCAUCGCCACAAACAAAAAUUCGUUUCGUCACUGAGGCUGUCCUACUGAACGAAUAUCAUGCUGAUCCAAUGUUAUCCAAUUACUCCGUAGUAAUUAUCGAUGAAGCACAUGAGCGACGUCUCAACACUGAUAUAAUCUUCGGUGUAAUGAAGUUAUGCGCGCGUCAACGUAAAGAUUUAAAGUUGGUCAUCAUGUCUGCAACCAUGGAUAGCAAUUUGUUGCGCAAAUAUUACAGUGGUGCUAAUUUAAUUCAAGUUUCUGACCAAAUAUUUCCUGUCGAAGACGAAUAUGUUGAUGAAAAUCCUGAGAAAUACGUUGACGCAGCCAUAGAUAAAGUUCUUGAAAUCCAUGCAAGCCAAGAUCCAGGAGAUAUUCUCGUCUUUCUUACUGGUCCUGACGAGAUUGACCGUGCUAUCACAGCAGUUAAAAGCAAAAUAGAUAGGUCAGGUUCCGUUCUAGUUUUACCCUUAUAUGGAAAACUGAAUGAGCAAGAAACAAAAGUAGUAUUUACACCCACAGAUCCAAAAAAGCGCAAGAUAAUUUUUGCAACCAAUUGUGCCGAGACUUCUAUAACUAUCGAUGGCAUCCGAUAUGUUGUCGAUUCUGGUAUGGUCAAAGAAGUCGUGUGGGAUUCAGAACGAAACACCCAGGCACUUAAAGUCAGUUAUACUACACAAAGUUCGGUCCAGCAACGGCGCGGCAGAGCUGGACGAACUGCACCGGGCAAGUGUUAUCACCUUUACACUUGCGAUACUUACGAAUCAUUGGACCUUUAUGCUCGAGCCGAAAUUCUUUGCAUUCAACCAACUGUAGCGGUGCUCAAACUAAAAUAUCUGCAAGUAGUCGAUGACUUCUUAAAGUUCGACUGGUUGGAAGCCCCAUCGGCCAAAAGUCUUCAAGAUGCGGUUAGCACUUUGACCUGGAUCGGUGCUCUCGAUUCACAAACGGGCAAGUUGACUAACUUGGGUCAAGGUAUGGCGAUACUUGGUCUUGAUUCUAUGCUUUCGGCCAUGAUUUUAUCCGGAAAAGACUAUAACUGUCUCAGUUAUACAAUAGCACUAGCGGCUAUGCUGACUGUAGCACAGAAUAUCUGGUGGCGUGGCAAAGACGAACGGUUAAAACAGCUAAGCAAUGAAAAACGAGCUCUGUUCGUCUCCACUUCAGGUGUGGGCGGUGAUUAUCUUUUACUUUUGCGCAUCUUCUUGGAAUGGAAUGCUUUAGGUAAUAAUGCAGACUUGAAAAGGAACUGGUGUCACCAAUAUAUGAUCAAUGGUAAAUCUCUGAAAAUCGCUAGUGAUUUUAUUCGAGAAACUUCAUCUCAAUUGCAUCAUCAAUUUCAAAUAAAUUCUAAAGAAUUGAAUGAUGAUCUAACUGACCGCAUCAUACGUUGCAUAUGCGCCGGUUUCUUUCAGCACUUGGCCAUUGCAAAAGGCGCUGAUCGUGGUACGUACCAACUUAUAAACAAUAUUACACCUAUGACUGCACAACUGCAACCAUGGUCAACACUCACAUAUACUCAACAGUCGACUAAAUUUGUGCUCUAUUUCGAAAUACUCAAUUUGAGCAACACUACUCUUUUGUGUGUGGCAUGUCCAGUUGAUGCGAAAUGGUUGAAUCAACAGUGGCUCAAAUCUAUACCACAAAUAGCUCUGCUGUGUACACUUCAAAGUUAUGAUUUCAAGAAUCUUGGUCUAUCACUCUUGCUUUCCAUAGUCGGCAAGGGUCGUUGGAAAUUGCCAGCUCUUGAAAAAUCCAUGGGAAUAACUUUCGAAGUUAAUUAUAAACAAGCAGUGCUCACAAUCUGGGGUGAACCGGACAAACUUAUCGACGCGAAACGUCAACUUCAACUAAUAAUCGAUCGAGAAAGUGAAAAACUUCAUACCGAAGUACAAGAAUACGAAAUCGUUGGUUCGACUAGAAUCUUACUCGGUGCUGGUGCCGAACCGCAGUUGGUGUUGAUCCGAGACGAAUUUACUAAGGUUUUGCUCACCAACUUGCCUACCAGUUUCACGGAAGAGCAAAUAGAACGUAAAUGCCAGCUGCAUGGCCUAGUUCGCCAUGUGACCAUGAUUCAGACCAGUCCAGGUGACAAUUCGGCUUCAGCUACCUAUUUUACAUGCGACGAUGCUCGACAAGCUGUUACUAGAUUAGCACAUGAAAUAUGGAAUGGACAGGAGAUUAAUGUCAGUCCCAGCUAUGCACGUACGUCGGUCUAUACAACUACACAAAAUUGCAAGUUGAAAGCUCAAUGGUUUAUGACCGAGUCCGAGGGUCGUAGUUGUGUGUAUUUCGAUCAAGAACAAGCAGCACAGAAGGCCUGCACAGUGUUCAAAAAUACAAUUUAUUGUGGACGACCGACAAAAGUAGAGUACAAGAAAAAUAUAAAAGAGUCUGGUAAAGACGAGUUCAUAAUCGAACUUUUUGAAUUGCCACCUGAUAUUGAUGAAGAAGUUCUUCUUGAAGAGCUCAAUCGGCACCAUCUAGCUAAUUUUAUGACAAAUGUGAUUGUAUUUCGCAAGAACCUUCCAUCAAAUAGACCAUUAGACAAAUUCAGCGAGACAGCUGACGAAGACAUUAUGGAUCUAAUGAAGUUCAAAUCUCUUUUCACAGAUCGCCAAAAGUUUAAUUCUGUGCCAGAUAUUCAAAUUCAUCCAGCUACUGUGGAUGGUCGUGUCGUUGCGUCUAUUCUCUUCAGUGAUCCUCGUGACGUCAUGACGGCAAUGAACAUGUACAAAAAAGAUACUUCUGAUCCAUUAAAAUUCAAGCAAUUCAAAAUUCAUUUUGUGCCUAACAUUGAUCAUAUUAUUGUACUCAAUACGGAUUUAGCAAAGGCCAUACCCCAUCGAAUCGAGAAAGCUAUGCAGACGAUCCAAGCUGAUCGUCAAUUAUCUGAUAUAAGAUUAGUCGAUGAGAUCACAUCUGAAGAUAAUCAAGAGAUUAAACUUAUUACCAUCAAAGGAACAAAUUUAGAACAAAUUCAAAAAGCACGUAUCAUUUUCGAUAAACUUAUGAAGGGCUUAUCAUUCAAGUUUCACAGUGCAUCAUGGGCCUCAGCAAUUUUUAGCGCAGCUGGUAAGAAAUUCCUUAUCAACCUGCAGGAUCGCACUAAUACCUAUAUCUGGUGGAACUGGUCAUCGGCACAACUGACUAUUUUCGGCGAAGAGAAUGACCGUAAUAAUGUCUAUCGAGAAAUCGAUAUUUACAUUCAAAAAGCACUUCCUAAACGUGUAUAUUCUAUUUCUAUUAGAAUUCCUGAAGGUUGUGCUCGUCAGUGUUUAGAGAGAUCGAGUGAGAUCUACGAAUUAGGUAAUGAAAAAGCCAAAGUCCGCAUCAAUAUGAUUAAACAGCGAAUCACCGUCCGUGGAAAUCGUACUGCAGUGACGGAAUGCGAGCAAAAAGUUAAUAAUAUUCUUGGGAAAGUUGUGCUCACGUCAGUGGAAUCUGCUACAAAGACAAUAAUGGCAACAGAUAUCGAGCAUAUAUGCUUGAUAUGUGCUGACAACUUCAAUGAACCUUAUUCAUUGCAACAAUGUGGACACAAGUUUUGCCAUUCGUGUUUAAGCGAUUAUUUUGAGACUCAUUUUGACACAACUAUGAAUUCUGAAACGUUCAAACUGCGCUGUCCAUCAUCCGAUUGCAAUAAAAUCUGUCUUAUUCGUGAUAUCCAGUCUAUAGUCGGAUUCGACAAGAUGGCUCUUCUUGCAACAAUAGCUUAUAAAAUUCACAUACGAGAACCGAAAAACGAUCUUGCCCAAUGCGUAGGCAUCAAUUGUAACCAGGGGUAUCGUCCCUCAGAAAAUUCGUCAACUUAUUUCUGUGAUCAGUGUAUGAAGGUGUAUUGUAUAGGGUGUCAAGUAGAAUAUCAUGCAAAUAUGACAUGUAAAGAAUAUCAAGCAGUGAAACAGAAAGAACAAGAUGCUGUUUUACUAAAUUAUAAUCUAGGCAAUCUGCCAUACAAGCAUUGUCCAAAAUGUCAUACGCUUAUUGAGAAAUACGCUGGAUGUAAUGCUAUGAAAUGUACGCAAUGUAAUCUAGCAUUUUGCUGGGUAUGUGCAUUAACGGAUGAAGACGAUGGUGAGUUUAAAUUUUAG